AUGCGCGUCGACACAGUCUCGGCUGUUGCUGUUGCAGAGAGCAAUAACAACAAUGCAACCAAAUUAGCUCAGUCACCACUUACGACGCCCACAAUUACUCGAAAUGCGAUGAACAUAUCUCCACCAGCUCCUGACCAUAGUCCUCCAGUUCUCCCGGCACCACCUAGUACAUCAAAUGUAGAGGACGCGAAGAUGCCGGCAACCCUCCCGCCACGCGCCUCUAUGGCCCUUGAUCCUGGACCUUCGACACGUCCUAUCCACGUCACUGAAGCGUCCUCAGUACCUCCAACACCCAUCACACCUAUCUACAAGCCUGAGUCGCCCGUGCACCCUCCUCCACCCGACGGUUCGGCGCCUCUCCAACCACCAUGGCCAGUUCCCGCCCCACCCAAGGUUUUGUCGCAUGACGCGACAGUAGAAGUCAGUGAGGAGGACAAACAGCACGAGGUUGAGAAGAAGCGUGCAGUAUGGGAAGAGAGGACGAGACUUCUUGCAGAUGCAGUCCUAUCUCGUCAACGCCGCCAGGAUCUUGAGGCAGAGGUCCAGCGUGCGGAAGGCAUCGUCAACAGCGCCUUUUUCACGUCAUUGCCCGUCGCUGAAAGAACGCGUCUCGAACAGCAGCUUGAUGACAUGAAGGAUGAUGUCAAAAUAGAGACGGCCAAAUAUGAGGAAGUCAUGGAGAAACUGCGCAUUUCGGACCCAUGGCCUGUUGCGCCUGUCCCUGACCCAAAUGAGGACCUCGAAGAACAGGCGAGAGAAGACCACAAGGAGAUUGUGAGAUAUAUCGAUGAGCUGAACACCACGGUCAAGGCCAUGCAACGCGAACUUGGGAGCAUCACGACAUUAAAACCACCCCCAACCCUUCCAAUUGAACCUGAGGAGGACGGUGAAGAUGGGAUGGACGUUGACCGACCAGCUGCCGCCGAUGCAGGCCCGUCCAAGCCCGCCAGCAGCCGUAAACGACGCCGCACAACGGACGAUGUUGACGGCGAAACUGAAUUGCCAACGCGCGAGGACCUGGACAAACUUCUUGACCGUCUCGUGCGGCUCGAAAGUGCAACCGCGACCUUACAGAACGACCUCACAGAGCACGACCGGGACAUGCAAGAUGAACUCCAAGUUGCACUGGAGGCACGACUGGACGAUCUCCAUGCCAGGCUUGCCAAAGAGAGGGAGGAGAGGGAAGCGCCGCAGAAGGAGGCCGAACAAGCUUGGAAUUCCCGGAUCGAGGCAGCUUCGCAGGAUACUGAGCUCAUGGGUGAGCAAGUAGGAGAGCUGGCGGAGGAGAUGAGCAGCAUGUUGAUCAAAGUCAGCGAUCUGGAGGCUGUGUUGGCGGAGAAGAUGAAGGAGCGACAGGAGAGCUACAACAGGGUGUUACAGGUGGAGCAACGUCUCCUGGACUUUUCCAACGCCCGUCAGGCGAACACAAGCGCAAUCCAGACGCUCGAAGCUGCCCUCAAGGCAUACACCUCGCGUCCUCCAUCCCCACCCGCAACUCCUAAAUUCCAUCCCUCGAUUCUGGAGUCGCUCGAGGAACGGCUCGUAGAAUCUCUGCGGGAAAGCAUGAUGCCUUUGAUGGGCGAGGUGCGAAAGGACGUCGAGAUGAUCGUUCAAGAGAAGAAUUCCCAGCUUUACAAGACAACUUGGGAGGGCUUGAAAUUCACUCUAGACGUCCUAGCGAAGAUUUCCUCAAAGCUUGAUCAAGGCAAGGAGGUGACAGAUUCUAGCACCGGGUCGACGGCAGGUGUUCCUCCCCAUGUUGGGGCCCAACAGUAG